GUUUUCUUGCUUGGCCGUUCGGCUUUGUUGUUUGGGGGCUUGGCGCCUGAAGCUCGCGUGCCCGCGCUCUGCACGUCUUUGGACUUCGCGCUGCUCUCUAUUGUACAACAUGUGCCAGCAGCGCCCGUCGGCGCUGCGACGCGAGGAGCGAGGCCACGCGGCGCUCGGCGAGGGCGGCGCCGCCUCGAACGCGGGCGCCGCCGCCGCCUCCAAGGAUCCACCUCGUCGGAAGUGGUCGUCCGGCGCCGAGUUUACGAUCGCCUGCAUCGGGUACGCGGUGGGACUGGGCAACUUUUGGAGGUUUCCGGCGCUCUGCUUCAACAAUGGUGGUGGCGCGUUCCUCGUGCCGUACACGCUAACCCUGCUGCUCAUUGGGAUGCCCAUUUUCCUGCUCGAGCUGGGGAUGGGGCAGAAGUUUCAGAUCGGAGGCGCCGAGCUGUGGAAGCGGGUCCACCCCUCCCUCGGCGGCCUCGGCGUCGCCUCCAUCACCGCCACGGCCAUCGUCGCUGUCUACUACAACGUCGUCGUCUGCUGGGCGCUCUGGUACUUCUUCCGCUCCUUUGCCUGGGACGGGGUGCUGCCGUGGGCCGAGUCUCGUGGCGGAGCCCUCCAGUUCUGGGAGGUGGACACGCUGCACUGCCGCCCCGCCCAGAACCUCUCCUCGGCCGCGCCAGAGACAUGCGCGUGGGGCGCGGGCACGACCUGGCCGCAGGAGCCAGGCAUCGCUCGGCCAGGCCCUCUACGGUGGCCGCUCGUCGGCUGCCUCGCCCUCGGCUGGGUGCUCGUCUAGUGUGAACGGCGUCUCUUCACACCUGCCGCUGUGAACAGGCUGCCUCGCCCUCGGCUGGGUGCUCGUCUGGCUCUGCGUCUGCAAGGGCGUCCACUCGGC